UUCAAGCGCCAUUCGUGUGAGUUCGUCGUUUCCGUUCGACGGACUUUGUGCGACGUGUACGGGUGUGUGCGAAAGUAUGAAGUGAAAUCGUACUUAAAAGUGUGUGAAAUGUUUAGUGCUAGUUUUACUGUGCUUUGAAUUCAAAAUGAGUGCGAAUGGAUAAUCUUUUUUCCAUCUUUCGAUCAACAAAACUGUACGCUCGCAGUACACGUAACAUUCAUAUGAACUGUUUCAAAAUGGCUGUGUUUUGAAGGACCCUUUGUCCGCUUUCGUGUGCUUCUCCAGCAUGAUAGUGGGAUCAUACAGACAAAGAAUUAUCUUUGCAAGGUGAGGAAACUAUCUGACUGCAAUUUAAAGUGAAAAAAUUGUGUGGAAAAUUACUGGUUCUCACGGAAUCGCGGCGUCGUUUAUUGCUUUCUACUGAGCGAUAUCAACCGCUCACUGGCUACGUCAGGGAAUGCAUGUCAUGUACCCGGAGCAGUCCCAGCAUUGCAACGGUCAGGCACACAGCGCGCAGUCAGUGUACACGCCAGCGCCGGCAGCGUCGCCGGCCCGCCAGCCAGCCAAGAAGCGCCGCGUGCUGAGCCCAACCGGCCCGCUCGCUAGCCACACGAGAGCUGACGAUUCGCUGUUUAAGGAAAAGUGGUGGAGCGAGGUCGGUGCUCGGUGGCCGCCGGGCGUGCCGAGCCGCGCGUGCGAUGCCCAGCGGCGCUCGCCCGCGCCGCCCGCCCAGCCCGCACCGCCCGCGCACUGCAGCACACGCUGUUGCGGCGAUAACACUGUGGGAGAUAGCAGAAGCAGGCGCGAGGCGGUGGCGGCCAGCGGCGUGGGCGCUGUCACGGUCGGCACGGUCGCUGUCACGGGCGCGGGCACGGUCACGGUCACGGGCGCGCGGCACAAGGGCGGCGGGCACGGCGGCACGACGACGGCGCACAGCAAGCAACUCGCGGCGGGCGGGGCCAACCACCCGGCCCAGCCGCAAGGUAACAAACGCUCCGGCUGCGGCGGCGAUGGGGACUACCAGCUGGUGCAGCACGAGGUGCUCUACUCCUCGUCCAAUCGGUACGAGGUGCUGGAGUUCCUCGGGCGCGGUACGUUUGGCCAGGUGGUGAAAUGCUGGAAGAAGGGCACCAAUGAGAUAGUCGCCAUUAAGAUCCUGAAGAACCACCCCAGCUAUGCGCGCCAGGGGCAGAUUGAGGUGUCGAUCCUGUCGCGGCUCUCGCAGGAGUCGGCCGACGAGUUCAACUUUGUGCGCGCGUACGAGUGCUUCCAGCACCGCUCGCACACGUGCCUCGUGUUCGAGAUGCUGGAGCAGAACCUGUACGACUUCCUCAAGCAGAACAAGUUCUCACCACUGCCGCUCAAGUACAUCAGGCCGAUACUGCAGCAGGUGCUCACGGCGCUGCUGAAGCUCAAGCAACUGGGCCUGAUCCACGCGGACCUGAAGCCGGAGAACAUAAUGCUGGUGGAGCCGGCGCGGCAGCCCUACCGCGUCAAGGUGAUCGACUUCGGCAGCGCCAGUCACGUCAGCAAGGCCGUCUGCAACACCUACCUGCAGAGCAGAUACUACCGGGCGCCGGAGAUAAUCCUGGGGCUCGCGUUCUGCGAGGCAAUCGACAUGUGGUCGCUGGGCUGCGUGGUCGCCGAGCUGUUCCUGGGCUGGCCGCUCUACCCGGGUUCCUCCGAGUACGACCAGAUCCGGUACAUCUCGCAGACGCAGGGCCUGCCCACCGAGCACAUGCUUAACAGCGCAUCGAAGACGGCGAAGUUCUUCUACCGCGACGUGGACAGCACGUACCCGUUCUGGCGGCUGAAGACGCCCGAGGAGCACGAGCUGGAGACCGGCAUCAAGAGCAAGGAGGCGAGGAAGUACAUAUUCAACUGCCUCGACGACAUCGGACAGGUGAACGUUCCAACGGACCUUGAAGGCGGCCAACUGUUGGCUGAGAAAGCGGACAGAAGGGAAUUCAUUGACUUACUCAAGAGGAUGCUUACUAUGGACCAAGAGCGCCGCAUAACGCCAGGCGAGGCGCUGAACCACGCGUUCGUGACGCUCGCGCACCUCGUCGACUACGCGCACUGCAACAACGUCAAGGCGUCCGUGCAGAUGAUGGAGGUGUGCCGGCGGUCGGGGAGUGGCGUGGGCGGCGUGGGCGUCGGCGGUGUGGGCGUGGGCGGCGUGGGCGUGGGCGGCGGCGAGUACGUGGGCGGCGUGGUGGCGCCCGCGCCCUCGACUGCGCACCACCUCGCGCUCACCAUAAACCAGCAGCGGCUGAGGGCGGCGCCCUACGACAACCUGUACCAGCUGUACGGCGCGGGGCGCGUGGCGGUGGGCGGGCGGCAGUACGCCGCGCGCGCCGAGCCCUUCCCGCACCAGUUCGUCUCCUCCAUACUGUGCCAGCCCGCCUAUCAGGUUCAACAGCUAGCCGCAGCGGCAGCAGCGGCUGCGGCCGCGCACCACCAGCACGGUGUCGGCGGCGUCGGCGGUGUCGGUGGCGUCGGUGGCGUCGGUGACGUCGGCGAGUGGCGCGCGCCGCUCAUCGUCGAGCCGGCCCCGCUGCCUGAACCCGACGUGUGGGAUCUACAUCACCAUCCGCACAAAAGUAUGGCGAGCGGUGGCGGCAAGAAGGAGCCCACUCAGCUGUCGCCGGUGAAGAAGCGGGUGAAGGAGGGCACGCCACCUUCGCGAAGGCAUCAGCAGCAUGAAAAUACAGUCCGUCAAGGCGUCGGCGCGGGCGGUGCGGGCGGCGCGUGGGAGGGCGGCGCGUGCGCGGGCGCGCACACCAUCACCAUCCGCGACACGCCCUCGCCCGCCGUCUCCGUCAUCACCAUCAGCGACAGCGACGACGACGAGCGCCAGCCCCACCGGCCGCACGACACCAGAGGUAGCGGCGAGUGUACGAACCAAGCGGGCGCGGGGGCGAGCGCUAACACGUCGGCGGGCGGCGCGGGUGCGGGUGUGGGUGCGGGCACGGGCAUGGGCGCGGGCGCGGGCACGGGCGGCGUCAUAUGCAGCGCGCGCGACGAGCGGCACGUGAAGCACGAGCCGCACCAGCCGCACCAGCCGCACCACCAGCCGUGUCACCACCACACGCAGCACCACCACCAACACCAUCAACAGCAACAACAGCAACAGCCGCAGCACCAGCAGCAGCAGCAGCAACAGCAGCAGCAGCAGCGGCAGGCGAGCGCGGCGCAGGCGACGCCGCAGAGCCAGAAGAAGCGGCUGCUCGCGCUCGCGCAGCAGGAGGCCGCGGCCAAGCACGAGCCGCACCACGAGCCGCAUUACAAUAACGGGGGCAACGUGCGUCAAACGAACGACUAUCAGUGUAAUCAGUAUGUGCCCACUCAGCACAACAAGAGAGAUAGCAGCGGCGGUUGUCGCGAGUACAUACCGGCGAGCGUGAGCGGCGUGAACCCGGUGAGCGCGGUGAGCGGCGUGAGCGGCGUGAGCGGCGUGAGCGGCGUGAGCGCGGUCAACAGCAUGGCCGGCAACAUGAACGUGAACCACAAGCACGCGUGGCACCACCACCCGCACACGCACUACAAGAGUGGUAGUGGAGGAGUGCUGUCGCCGCCCGGCGGGGUGUCGCCGGGAUACUUGCCGCCGCCGCUGUACGUGCCCACGUACCAUUAUCACACCGGCGGUGUGAGCGGCGUGGGUGGAGUGGGCGGCGUGGGCGGCGUGGGCGGGCCGCCGCCGGCGCACCACGCGAGCGGCGCGCGGCUGCCCGGCUACCUGCAGCCCUACUCGCCCACCUACCUCGUGCACCAGCACCCGCACCAGCACCUCUGGUACACCGACUGAGCGCGCCCGCCCUCACCCUCGCCGCUCGCCGCUCGCCGGCUUCGCGACCGUGAGCGGUUGGCGGUGUGGUGACCGUGAGCGGUUGGCGGUGUUGUGACCGUGAGCGGUUGGCGGUAUUGUGACCGUGAGCGGUUGGCGGUGUUGUGACCGUGAGCGUUUUGGGUGGAGUCAUGACCGUCAUUGUGAUGAAUUGGGGAAGAGUUGUGAUCGUGAGCGAUUGUCAUGACUUUAUUGGGAAUAAAAUACUCAACAACAUUUGAUAUAAUGUGAACAUCGAGGAAUUUAAGGAUGGAAGUGAUACGUCAAAAUGGUAAUGGUCGUGACAUGACAACUACGAUGGCGUAUGGUCACAACGGAACGCGUAAGGAUCAACACGGUCAAUGUGUAUGGUGUGACCGUGAGGAAUCGAUGUGACCGUGAGCGAAAUAUAUCACCGCUCGUGAGCGUGAUCACGAACGCGGGAUUAUUGAACUUUAAUUUGUUUUUAAUUUUUGCGGAGACAUACUGAUAGUGUCUACGCGAUGCACUGUAUAAUAGUUUACGAUUUUAAACAUUCAUAAUUGAUUUAUGUUAUAUUAUGUGUUAUUUAUAAUCGAUCGUCGAUAGAGCUAAUGUCUCCGCGUGUAUGUGACGUCAUCAUUGAUCGGUGAUUACGAAUACGACGUUGUAAAUGAUUAUAUCGCGCCGUCUCGCUCUUUUAUAUCGCAAUCAAAAGGGACGGCACGAUUGUGUUCUUUUGUUUUUGUACCGAAUGGAUACCAAUAUUUGAUUUGAUUUGAUGUUUGAUUUCUCGGUUGGUAUUCACUCGACGAAGGGCCAAAGCGUGCGCUCGCGCCGCUUGCGGGCGCAACAAAUAUGGUUGGAUAUUGAGCGGCCGCAAGCGGCGCCGAGCGGCAAACUAAUGGAGUUAUUUAUCACACUGCAAUUUUUUUAAUCCAAAAUCUUAUGACUAGUGUGUAGAGACGCGAUUUCGCACGGUUUCUUAUCAUUUUCUCUGUGAAUAUUUUGACCGAUUUAAAAAAAAAAGAAAACCGGCAAAAGCGCUAUUUUUAAACCGUUCUAUUUUUGUUUGUAUUUAAAGCGUUUAAAUUGCAACCCAACGUCUCGAUUCGACGUUACGUUCCGAUUUAAACUUGAUGUAUGCGAUGUACACGUGUGUAAUCGCUGCGAACCGCAUCGUUAUCGGUGUAUUAGGUUAGACGCUUUAUUUCUUAAAGUAUACGCGUUGCUAGUGAAAUGUAUAUCGGUGUUCGUCGCGUCGGUGGGCGGCUGCAGCGUGACGGACACACAAAACAUAUGCGCUGGCCGGCCACCGCCGCGGCACAGUACUAUAUUAUGUAUAAUAUUAAAUUGUAAAUUUAUUUCCUUUGGAGUUAGGCGAGUAGGUUGCAUUUACUAAUGUUUUAUAGUAGGAAUUAGUGUCUGUACCAAAUUUGAUGGGAUGUUUAUUAACAAUGUGUCGAUGUUUGUAGCGAAUAUUGAGUUCGUCCUUUUUACGCGAUGAUUACGUCAAUUAUAUGAUUUUUUCAUUUUCUUUCUAUUUUAUUUUAUAGCGUUUCGGAUUCGCUUAAGGUAUGCGAUCUUACGUUCCAUAUCAGAUAGUUUAGGUCCAUCUGUAAUCGAUGCUGUGUUUUUUUUUUAUAAUUAAUAUAUAAUAUUAUGAUAAUCGUAAAUAAAAUGUUUUUUUCUCUGUAGAUAUUAAUAUGUGUAGUACGCGGUGAUGGAUAUGUCUAGCCGUUAGAUGGAAUAUUAUAUGUUAUUUAAGAGUUUUAUCGUGUAGGUAACACUUGUAUAUUCGUUAGGUAGAUUGAAUUGGAUUUGAUGGUUUUAUUUUUUGUAGUAGACAAGAUGGCCGCUUCGGACUGGGUGGUGAAUAAUGGAAAAAUACAUUUUUUUUUUCUUCUUAUUAUGAUGGUUAAAAAAUUUAAUGUGAGACAAUGCUUAUGGCGUCAAGGGGGGUUUUAAAUGUUUGCUGGUUUUCAGUGUCGUUUGUUCGUGCAACAGAUGGUAUUUGAUUUUGAAAAUGUCGUGUAAAAGUGUAUUUUUCCGUUACCUUGUUCUUGUCUGGUUGCGACCGUCUUGUGUGAAAAGUUUGACGCUUCUUAUGAUUUGCUAAUUUCUAACGUGUCUACUGUGACUGGGUGUAACGGACAGACAGGCCCGUUUUAUAUAUCACUACUAAUGAUACAAACAAUACAAUUUUAUUUUAUUAAAUAUUAAAACGUUAAUUUAUAAGUAUAUUAAAUUUUGGCAUUAACGGCCGCCUAGCGUAUGAUUUAUGAUUUAAGCAACAUAUGUUUGUCAAUUUUUAUUAUUAUUUCCUAUAUAAAUAGAGUCGUUUUUAAUUUCCUUUUUUACAUUAAGUAUUAUUAAAGAAAAAAAAACAAUCAAAUAAAAAAUAUAAACUUAGUUGUAAUAACCACCAAAACUGUUUUGUUUUAAACAAAUAAUUAUGUUGUAGCUUGCUGCCUGACAAUAAUUCAUUGUAAUUUUUAAUUAGUUACUGUAGUUUUAUUAUUUUUCGUGUAUCUAAACAUUGCACAGAUCACACGAAUGGCUGUAUCGAUAUUGAUGAAAUGUUUAAUGUAAACGGAGGGGAUAAUAAUAAAUCAAAUGCGCACUAAAAUGCCAAUGCGCUCGCAGCUAUUUGUCUGAUCUUUACGAUGCUUAUGUUUUUAAUUUAUAACCAUAGAACACGCUUUCGGUUUGUUCAACGUUUCAAUUUUAAAUAUUUCCUUUGUUAUAUUGUAUUUGAUAUAUACGCUUUUCUGUUUAUUCUAUUCUUAAUUAAAAAAACGUGAAUUUUCAAUAAGUUCCCUAUCAGUAUCGCUAAACUGAUUGCGUGUUUUAUGAGAGUUUUUCCUACAAAUAUGUUAUUGUAGCAGAGAGAUUGCCCUCGCUCGAGGCUUAGUCAAUGAUCUCCGAUGUGCACGGGCGGUGGGGAACCCUCGAUUUAUUGUAGAUGUUCUAUCGGCGUGCGUAUCGUUUUCAUUUAAUUAUUGUAAAUGUGUCCGUAUCGGAGCUUUGGGUUAAGUCAAAUGGAAUGUUUGUAACGGAGUUCUUUUUUUCUUUCUUUUUAGUGAAAUGUAUCGCUUGGUCGUCGUUUUUGUAUAUGGGGCACGCUCACGUGCGGUCGGCACGGUCGGCACGGUCGGCACGCGCCUGUCCGUCGGCCGCUGUGAUUAAGCGAUUGGGAAUGUAAAUUUUGGGUUGUUGCAAUAAGUUGUUUAAAAUGGGAAUUUAAUUUUUCGUAUACACGUAUAUGGAUGGGAUCGCGUUCGCACACAAACUGGCGAGAGUUGGCGCACGUUCGAGUUUCACCGCAACACGUAAACGCACUCUGAUUUUAAGAUUAUUUUGACAAUAAUUAUUAUUGAAACGGUAUGUAACCGAUGUACAAAGCCCGCGAUGUAACGCGUCGACGCCUCGAUGCGCACGCGCAAGGCCUACUGUGAUCGCUCCGAACUUAUAUUUUAUCGUUAACGGCCGGUGAAACUGUAGUUUUAGUGAUUUAAGUUAACAUUUGAACAUGUACCGACGGUACGCGCUAAAUACUAUAUAAAAUAUUGGGUAUAUUACGUUUUUAAUGUCUAGAUUGUAAGUCCUUGUGGCGCGAGUGGAGAGCAUUAACCUAAAUAAGAUGUGGGUGAUCAGGGGCUAGCACUGAUGUUGCUUAAGGUUUUAUCUUCAUUAAUAAUCGCAUAGUUAUUAUGAGAGAAUUGUAAAUAAACAUCCAAAUACCCCUUUU